GGGGACAGAAAAAUGGGGUGCAGUGCAUGAUGGGAAACUGCGGAUAGGCUAAGGCGGAGCAUGAUGGCAAAGGGAGGGACCUCUGUUUGAAAGGCGCAGGGCAUGAUGGGAAAUGCUGAAGCAAAAACUAUAUUCCUGGGGGAAAUACAGCGCUAGGGCAGCGUCCAGCUCUCCUUUGGUAGUGCUCCGGUGUGCUGCAUGGCAGGCAGAGGUUCAGUAGGUGCAGCUCUCCCCUCUAUGGCAAUAAAGAACCCUCGUUGGGCCGCUCUUCCUCCAAGAACUGUGUUGACAAGCAGCAGCCCAACAUGUCCAAGUCUCCCCUCCAUGGAGAGGCAGUGAUGCUGGAUUUCUUCCCUGCACCUAUCUCUUGAAAAGGAGCCCUGCCAGGAUAAGAGGCGGCAGCCCUAUACUGAGCGGCGUGGAAAACGGGAAGGCAUCGGAGCAAAGGAAGAGCAGAGGUCUGCUCGGACGUGCUUGAGCCCUUGGCGGUCGCCAUGGUGGUGGAAGUGUGCAACUUCUUUGGGGUCUACCUUCUGUACUGCACCAACCCUCGUUACCAUGGCCGAGUCUACGUCGGCUUCACUGUCAAUCCCGAGCGACGCAUCAAUCAGCACAACGGCGGGAAGCGACGCGGUGGGGCUUGGAAGACAAGUGGCCGUGGUCCCUGGGACAUGGUGCUGAUCAUCCACGGUUUCCCUUCUGAUGUGGCUGCUCUGCGGUUUGAGUGGGCUUGGCAGCAUCCGCACUCCUCCCGCCGCCUCACUCACGUGACCAGGCGCACUUCACGGGAGCGUCAGUUUGACUUCCACCUGCGUGUCUUAGCCCACAUGCUCCAAACUGCUCCUUGGUGCCGUCUGCCCCUCACCAUUCGCUGGCUCAAGCAGGAAUAUUGCAGGGACUUCCCUGCAGGCUUGGAACCUCCGCUACACAUGCCGGUGGCCUUUGGGCAGGUCCGAGCUGUCAAGACCAAGGGGGUGAAGGCUUCAGAGGUGAAUGUGGCUACUCCAAAACGCUGCAGCAUCUGUCUGAAAAAAAUCCAGGAUGGUGACAAUGACAUCCCCUUGCACUGCUUCCACCCUGGCUGCACCAUGGCUGCUCAUAUGACUUGUUUGUCUCGGGCUUUCCUAGAGAAAGAGCCACUUCACUUCCUGCCAAUCGAAGGGCAAUGCCCAGGCUGCAAGAAUCUUGUGCUCUGGGGGGACCUGGUCCGUCACCAUAAAGGCUGUUACGGCAACCUAGAAGCUGAUCCCACCUCCUCCCAGGAGCAUUGGACUAAUGAGCUGCAGCUGUGAAGGAGGAGUCCUGUGCUUUUG